UUUGAUUGGGAGGUGAGAGAUGAUGGGGUACAGGCUAGUGAGUACAACAGAAUUGGAAAGAUGCUCAGUGGAUAGGUUGUUACUGGAAAUUGGAAUCUCUGAAUUAAGAUCUCUCUGACUUACAAUGCAUGGCUUGUGUCACUAUUGCAAGUAAUACUUCUCUGCAUGUGACAGGAAAACUCUUAUAUAUGAAUAAUGAAGAUGUUUUAACAGCCUGGUAUACAUAUAAAUACGUGUUGAACGCAUUUGUUGGGGAUUGUGGUUUCCAAAGUGGACUUAAAUAAAAAAGUGUGAGAUGGAUGAUGAAGGGGACCUUCUACAGGAGAGACUGCAAAAAUUACUUUGAUCUUAUUUACACGGAUAUUUUUAGAGACAAAAUCUUCAUUUCUCAGGACACGAGAGAUGAAGGUAAUGAGACUGAAGCCAACAGGAUGAGUAAAUUAAGAAGAACAAGAAAGAAAGUUACUAAACAACAUCUAUUUUCAACUGAAGUAGGAGAAAUGGAUAUAUCCAACUCAAAAGAAAGGAUCAGAUACCAAAUGGUGUGCCACAAGUUGGGGGAUAUGAGCAAACCAGUUGUGGGACCUGGCUCUGCAGACUCUCAUCUGCCACAAGAUGACAAGGACUCUGAGAAUCAGACAACAGUGAUAAAACCCUCCCGCCUCAAAACAUCAGCCAGUGCUCCUUGUAGCGAAUUUAACACAAACUCCAGCCAUUCUGAUAACACCAGAGAUGGCACUCAGCUUCCGACCACACCCCAUAUCUCCUCUAGAAUGAAGCACAUUAAGCAAGAGAUGGUCAAAAAUCACCUACAGUUUGUGCGAUUUGAAGCAACAGACCUCCAUGGUGUGUCCAGAUCUAAGAGUAUCCCUGCACACUUUUUCCAAGAAAAAGUGAUCCAUGGCGUUUGCAUGCCUCGAGGUUAUCUUGAAUUGAUACCGAAUCCUAAGGACGACGAAGUGGAUCACAUAAGAGCAACAUGUUUUAAUAGUGACAUAGUCCUGAUGCCAGAGCUCUCAACCUUUCGAGUGUUGCCAUGGGCUGAGAGAACGGCAAGAGUGAUAUGUGACACAUUCACUGUGACCGGUGAACCUCUUCUGACUUCCCCAAGGUACAUUGCCAAGAGGCAACUGAGCCAGCUACAAGAUUCUGGCUUUUCCUUGCUCUCUGCCUUCAUCUAUGAUUUUUGCAUUUUUGCCGUGCCUGAAAUUAUCAAUUCAAAGACCAUAUCUUUUCCUGCUUCAACGUUGCUAAAUAAUCAUGACCAGCCUUUCAUCCAGGAACUCGUUGAUGGUUUGUAUCACACAGGAGCCAAUGUUGAGAGCUUUUCCUCCUCUACCAGGCCUGGUCAGAUGGAAAUCUGUUUUUUGCCCGAAUUUGGCAUCAGUGCAGCUGAUAAUGCAUUUACCCUCAGAACAGGUGUCAAAGAAGUGGCAAGGAAAUAUAACUACAUCGCCAGCUUUUUCAUUGAGACUGGAUUCUGCAAUUCAGGAAUUUUGUCUCACAGUCUCUGGGAUGUCGAUGGGAAGGAAAACAUGUUCUGCAGCAGUUCUGGGAUUGAGGAGCUCACGAUCACUGGGAAAAAAUGGUUGGCAGGACUCUUGAAGCAUUCUGCUGCUCUCAGCUGCUUGAUGGCUCCCGCUGUAAGCUGCCGAAAGCGUUAUUCUAAGGAGAGUAAAGACCUCAAGGACAGUGUGCCUACAACGUGGGGAUACAAUGAUAACAGCUGUGCUUUUAAUAUCAAGUGUCACGGUGAGAAAGGCACCCGGAUAGAGAACAAACUGGGCUCAGCCACUGCGAAUCCUUACCUGGUGUUGGCUGCUACUGUUGCUGCAGGCUUGGAUGGACUUCAAAGCAGCGAUGGUGUCCUGGUUGGUCCAGAUGACAGCACGGACCUCUAUCAGUCAAAACCUUCCGAGAUUCCUUUGAAACUGGAAGAUGCUCUUGUGGCACUGGAGGAAGAUCAAUGCCUGAGACAGGCUCUCGGGGAAACUUUUAUUCGCUAUUUUGUUGCCAUGAAAAAAUAUGAGUUGGAAAAUGAAGAAACAGAUGCAGAGAGAAAUAAAUUCUUAGAAUAUUUUAUUUAGAAUAGCACCCUUAACUCUUUUUUCAGAGAUGUGAUUUUUACUUAAGUAGUUGAUCUCCCAGAAAGAAAAGAUUGGAUUUUUAUAAUUAACAACAAAAAGACUACAAAUGCUUUCGCUCUUUUUUGUCCCCAUGGAGUAUUUGACAGAUAUGAAGUGGGACUGCUGAGAGAUUCUGACAGUAGAAACAAACAAUAAAGUUGUGGUGCGGCUGUAUUAUGCAAAUUUACCAGGUCUUGUCAGUCAGUCAUCAUUUCCUCUGUGUAUGUUGACCUACAUAGAAAUAUGCAGUUAUUUUGGGCAACAGAUACAUUCACACAAUAAAAGAAGUCUUAAGAAUUUAAGAAUUACAAAACAGAAUUUAAAUGACUAAAAAACCCAAAGGAUUUCAAUUAAUUUCAAUUAUACACAUAGGUUGUGACUGCCAGAAAGACAAAAAUGCUUACUAAUACAAUCUCACUAAUCAAGACCUCUGGAGGACAGGUGCUCUGUCUCCUGCCUUUUCCCCACCCUUCUGCCAUUACCCUUCCUGUUGGCCAACCUGCAGGUGAUGUGUCGAGGGUGACACUCCUGGGAAUGGAGCCCGCACAAGAUGGAGUAACAACGUGGAAGCUGUGUUGCGAAGCAAAUUUUGCAAGCAUCAUUGUGAUCUUUCUAAAUAAGUUAAGUGAGUUUUCAAAAAUAUGUCAUGAUGACAAGUUAGCAGAAGUUUUCACCUAUAUCCCUUCUUUUCACUGUUUUUUUUACUAGUUUCUGAAAGGCCUGGGAAGUUCAGGACUAUAAUGUCCAUGAGAAACAAAUCCAUAAGAAAUAAAAUUUGGCUGGGAACAAUGAGGUCAAAUAUUUGAAAGUCAUGAAAAUUUUUCUUUAAGCAAUAUCUCAUAUAGAAUCCCAUGCAUAAAACACAGGUGGAAUGGGUAUGUGUGGCGGGGUGGGGGGGGGGUGGCUGGGCUCUUCAUGCUUCGCUCUGUUCUUUGAAGAUGUCUGUAGUGCUUUGUGAAGUGUCAGAGCAACUGCCUAUAUAAGAGGGCUAUGCUUGCAGCUUAAGUUUAUCUUUAAAUGACUGAUUCUACUGCCCACAGAGAUUGGUAUGUCCCAGAGAAUAUUAAAUGUUCCAGAUCUUCAUUUGAAUGAGAUAAUUUUGCUAACUAUCCCUAAAGUUUAGCUUCAUUGGGAGGAAAUCCAAAAUCCACUGACUAGCAAGUGAAAACCCUAUUCUACUGCUUAGGAUCAAACAAGAGAUUUUAUGUUCAAUUAAAACUGACAGUGGCCUCAGUUUAGAUAGCAAACACAAGAGCAGAGGAUUAGACUUGGCUCAGAUCCUCCUAUUCAAAUUCAUAGCACCCAGUAGCUUAAACAAAGUCGCCUGUCCAUCACUAAUUGCUGCCCUCUUUUCUCUGUUGAGCAGGAGAAUAACGUUCUUGGUGGAUUAAGAGGUAGAGGGCAAGGUGGUGCUGGGUGAGUGGAGAAGGAAAGGAAUCAGCCCAGAAACUUCUGAGAAUGGAAUCCCACACAUUACAUCAUGGGAAGGAUGGCAGGGAGGAACCCCAUGGCAGCUCGCUAGUUAUUUGCCAAUAUUCAUUCUCUCUCUGUUCCCCAUAGUAACACCUAAAUGUGUCAGUUGAAACGCAUGAUGGAAAAUAAAAAUGACAUUUCUGAGUUCCA